GGCCUGCCGGUGCCUGGCACUUCUGCCGCCUUGGUCCCGACAGGCGCGGACGGGAUGACUCAUUUUAAAGAUCCAGAUCCGCGCGUCUGGCACCGGCACCGGGUGCCCUGCCCGGCGGGGAUUUCGAGUUUGACAGCUCCUCGGGCCCCGGCGCAGAGAGGGUGUGUCUGCAAAUCCCAGGGCUGGAAAGCAGGCGAGGAGCGUUUUCCUCUCGGUCCCCGGCAUCCCUCCUCCCCUUCGUUUAGCACCCGAAGAGUUUUCGUCUAAGAUCCAGUUGUAUCAAGUGUAAAAAAUGUUUAUUUCUUUGUGGGAGUUCUUCUAUGGGCACUUUUUCCGAUUUUGGAUGAAAUGGGUCUUACGACAGAUGACUGGAAAAUGUGAAUUGCAGCGAAUUUUCGACACCUAUGGAGGUGCACAGAGGACAUACAGGAUAGAAAAUUCCUUGACAUAUUCCAAGAGUAAGGUCCUCCAGAAUGCAACACGAGUUGCUGAGAGUGAACUGGACAGAUGUGUAGCAGACAUAAUGAAGGAAAAGAACAUCUGCCCCGAGAAAGACACCAGUUUUCAAAUCUGCAUGAGGACAUGCUUACUGCAGAUAACUGGCUAUAAGCAGCUCUACCAGGAUGUAGAAAACGUGAGGAAAAAACCCUAUGAUUCUGGCAAUGCACAGCAUGAGAAGCUGCUCCUUAAGCUCUGGAAUCUUCUGAUGCCUACGGAAAAGUUGAAGGCCCGAAUCUCCAAGCAGUGGGCGGACAUUGGUUUCCAAGGUGAUGAUCCCAAAACAGACUUCAGAGGCAUGGGCAUACUUGGCCUAAUCAAUCUUGUGUAUUUCAGUGAAAAGUACACCAGUGAGGCGCACCAGAUUCUUUCCCGUUCUAAUCAUCCCAAAUUAGGGUACUCUUAUGCAAUAGUUGGGAUCAACCUCACAGAGAUGGCUUAUAGCUUACUCAAGAGCGAAGCCUUGAAGCUUCAUCUCUACAACUUCGUUCCUGGGAUACCAACAAUGGAGCACUUCCACCAGUUUUACUGUUACCUUGUCUGUGAAUUUGACAAGUUUUGGCUUGAAGAAGAACCAGAAAGCAUUAUGUACUUCAACUUGUACAGAGAGAAGUUUCAUGAGAAGAUUAAAGGACUCUUAAUGGAUUACAAUGCUGUACUCACUUUGAAAACAUGAAACAUCAUAGUGUC